CACACAGCAGUAGACCCUUCUUGAACCAAUAUAGCAUUGGGUCAGAUCGCAUCUGGGGUCUGUCAAUUGGGCAGGGCUUGGCGUCAAAUUGUUUAGUUUGAAAAAUCAAAUUUGGGUCAAAUAGAAUUUGAGCAUCAAACGAGGCCAGACAAAAUAUAUAGUUUUUAAGUGGUCAAGUUUGGAUUUAAAUCUGAGAUUGUUCGAGCUCAAAUUUGAACAAAUUAAAUCCAGUCCAAUUGAUGGGUUAAUUAUGUUUAACAGACAAUUUUUUCAGUUUCGGAUUUUUUUUAAUUUCGGAACUUUUUUGUUUUUGUUUUUGUUUUUCUAUUUUUUAUUAUUAUGUUUUUAAUUUUUGAUAUUUUCUUUUACCUUGAUUUCAGUUUCCAGAUUAUUUUAUUUCGAUUUUUUAGAUUUGACAUUAAUUUUUUUACCUUGAUUUCAUUUUUCAUUGAUCAUCAUGAUUAUGAUGCCUUGUAAUCCACUAAUAGCAUAUGUUUACCCAAAUUAAAUGGCAGUUUGGGUUAUAAUGUCAAAUUAAAAACACUAAGAAAUACUGUGCGUUUUGACAAACAAAAAGAUUCAGCAGCAAGCAGGCAUGUCAAACCAAAUCACCAUUCUGGAUUGGAGAAAUUUACCGUCAAACUUCAAACAUGGUGAAAUAUAAAAUUCCAUGGUCGUAGCUGCCAACAACGUUCCGCAAUCUUUAAGACUCGUACAGGCCAAAAGCUAACCCCAUCUGCAGUCCCAGUUGAGGACAUUGCAUCCUCCAAUUUACCCUGCAAGCUAUGUUGUUUAGAUUCCUCUUUUUACUCUGACCCCAACUGUCUUCACCAAAUCCAUCUCUUUUCUACUCUCCCCUCUAUAAAUUCUAUCACGCUUGCUCCUUGCUAUUCAAUUCCUACAUAGACAGUAACUGCCACUCUUCUUUAACUCAAAGCAAAUGGCUCUCAUCCUUUUUAUUGCUUUCUCAUUCUUCCUUCAAGGAGCACUUGGUGAGAUUAUAUGUGAGAAGUUGCCAAGUGAGCUCUGCUCAUUUUCGGUGUCAAAUUCUGGCAAGCGAUGCUUAUUAGAGAAGAACUAUGCAACUAGUGAUGGAACAGUGGCAUAUCAAUGCAAGACAUCUGAUGUGUCUGUUGCUGUCAUUCAUGAUUUCAUUGAAACUGAUAUAUGCAUUAGCGCAUGUGGAGUUGAAAGGAAAUCUAUUGGCAUUUCAUCAGACUCUCUUCUUCAGCCUCACUUCACUGCCAAGCUUUGCUCCCCACAAUGCUAUCAAGCUUGCCCCAAUAUUGUUGACCUUUACUUCAACCUAGCCCUCGGAGAAGGAGUGCAUUUGCCUACUCUGUGUGAGGCACAGCGAGCAAAUCCAAGGCGUGGCAUGUUUCAAAUUCAGAGCUCUGGUGCAGUUGCAGGUCCUGUUUCUGCCCCAGGUCCCAUUUCAGCUGAAUUAGACAUCUCUCCUGCACUUGCUCCUAUUCCAGCUUGAUGAAAUUCCACAGCUUGUUCCACAUAACUGCUUUAAUUUAUCCAUUAGGUGUCUGUUUUAAGUUAAACUUAUAUGUUAUAAGGAGUGCUCGGUCACCACCAUAUCAAAUGUAAUAGUCGCUUUGAAAUUUAUAUAUCAGCACAUUAUUCUAA